AUGUAUCAGAUUGAAGAGAUUCGUUCAAAGCGCAUUGAUUUGAUGUCUAGCGAAGCUGAUGCACAAAAAGGGGCAUUGAAGUUUUUUGCAAUACUCGUCUCUUCCGGCGACCUCAACAAAAUUAACGCUGUGACCGAGAACGAAGUUGUUCCUUGUUUGGCCCUUGCAACAUGGGCACUAAGAAAUAUUGCCGGACGACUGUCUAAGCAUACUGAAGUUGUUGUUGCAAAUGGUGUAAUUCCUCGUCUCGUGCAGCUGCUGAGUAGUAAGAAAUACAUCAUUCAAAUGAAGGCUGCUUGGGCGUUAGGAAAUAUAGCGUGCGAUUCUUUAGAAAAAAGAGAUAUUAUAGUUGAAAAUGGUGCACUUGCGCCACUGAUGUGUAUGUUGAAGACAACCAACAAACACGUCUUGAUGAUGACUAGAUGGACAUUACGAAAGACGUGCAGUGAAAUCAUUCCACCAAGAUUUGCAGAAACACUGACAGAAGAAGAUAAGCCGGAUGAGAGUGCUAUACUAUCCGGACUCCAAGUUAUUAUAUUUGUUGACCAUUCAAGUGAAGUUGGAUUUCAUUAUUUCAGCUAUGAUCCCAAAUAUAGCAAGUUUAUUUUGUAUGUUUUGAUGGUCAUGGGAAAUUUGGCACAGUGUGGAAAUACUCAAAAACAAUGGCUACUUGGGCCAUCUCGCAAACUAUCUGACAAACUGAUUCUUAAAGAGGCAUGUUGGGUAAUAGGAAACCUCGCACGUGGAAAAGGGACCAUUUACAGGUGGACAAUUGGUUACUUAAGCAAUGUAUAA